AAUAAAAUAUGUGGAAACAAAUAAAACGUACAGUGUUAUUAAAACCAAGAGAUACCAAGUUUGCUGCAAAGGAUAUGAAAAAGUGAAUGAAAUUUGUGAACCUAUAUGUAUAGGCGGCUGUGGUCAUGGAGAAUGUAAAAGUCCCGGAACAUGCUUAUGUGAUAAAGGCUGGAAAGGAUCAAAAUGUACUGAAGAAUGUGAAUCAGGAACGUACGGUCUCUACUGUAAUAGUACUUGCUCUUGCUUUAAUGACGGGGUGUGUGACAAAGUGAAUGGAACCUGCCUAUGCCCACCUGGUUUUAUUGGAUUGUUCUGUGAACAGAAGUGUCCUCUGGAUUUCUAUGGAGAAGAUUGUGAAAGUAAUUGCAGUUGCCUGAACGGAGCUGAAUGCGAUGUGCAUGAUGGAACUUGUCUUUGUUUAGCUGGUUACAUGGGUAAACAGUGUGAGAGCAAGUGCCUGGAAGGUAAAUAUGGUAUGAAGUGCAUGCUCAGUUGCACUUGCAACGUGGACACAACUGAAUUUUGCCGCCCAAUUGAUGGAAAAUGCUUCUGUUUGCCGGGUUAUACUGGAGAAAGAUGCGAACAGAAGUGCUCUAUUUUUCAUUGGGGUGCCAACUGUGAAAAGUCAUGUGAUUGUAAGAAAAAUACAGCAUGUGAUCAUAUAACUGGUCAAUGUUUUUGUCCCCCUGGCUGGCAAGGCGCUGGAUGUGAUAAAGCUUGCCCUGAGAAUAAAUGGGGCAAAGAUUGUAACAAAAGUUGCAGUUGUAAUAUUGGUUCUUGCGAUCCAGCGACAGGACAGUGCAUAUGCUUAGCAGGUUGGAUGGGAGAUGAUUGUUCUACAAUUUGCCCCCCUGGAUUAUUUGGAUUGAACUGUAAAAACAACUGCAGUUGUUCAAAUAACGCCACUUGUAACCCCAUUGAUGGAAAAUGUCCAUGUGAUGCCGAAUGCCGGGAAGAAAUUCUAAAUAUGGUCUGGAAACUCACGGGAGAUCAUUCUAGUUCAACCGUUUCAAGUACCACUCAUGACGAAAGAAAUAAGUCAAGCGUAAAUAUUACAGCUCACCUUGGAUUUUCUACAUUGGGAUUUUGUAUAAUCGGCGUACUCCUAGCAUGCUAUACAGUGAUCAGGAGCAAAAAAAUAGAACGGGUUUCUAAAAAUCAGUUGUCUUCCGAAAAUAAAAAUGAAAAUGUUGCUGAAGAUACAGGGUCUGCUUUGUGUGUGCGUUUUACAAACCAUAUUUCCGAAGUGCCUAACAUUUCUGACGAAACAAAACAAUCUCAUAAUAAUGCUGGCGAUUAUGAUAUGGUUUUACUGAAUUUUGAACGCAAGGAUAUAAAUACGACAAGCCGUCAUACCAAAAGUAUUUUUUCUAAGCCAGAAGCUCAGAGAAGGCCCAUGAAACAUAAUAUAAACAAAAGGAACACCAUUUCAUACACAAAGGAAUUAAAGAGCCAAGACCGGAAUGAAAAGCUUUACAAUUUUGAUUCAUCGGAUGAACAUCAAAAACUGAAGAAGGGCUUCAUUGGAAGGCUUCAGAAGUCACAAUCUAUUUCUUACGAUGACUUGAAAAUGCAUAAAAAAUUUAGUAUGGAAUUUGCAAAAGAAUCUGGAAAAGACUUCCCUAUUUAUUUUACUAAGGAUAAGGUUGAAAGAUUGAUCAUGACUAUUGAAAAUGAUUCAAAAUUUUCUACUUUGAACAUUGAAAAUCAAGGGAAGAAAACGAAGGAAAGAAAGGAAGAAAAGAAACAAGAGAAGAAAGACCUGAAUAGUGGUAUAGGUGCAGCUAACUUUGUAGAAGCCUCUGACAAGCCAGGAGCGGAUCUAAACUCAUGCUACCGCGAUUAUGUGGUGCCUCAGGUAAAUUCUCUUGCUAAUGAAGGUGUAUUAUGCAAACCUGAAAUUACGAUAAAAAAUGAAAAUUUUCCCCAAACUUCGGAUCAUGGACAAAAGAAGAACGAUAAAGCAUCUGAAUCUACCUUACCAACAAAUAAUGACGUUUUAAAAUGUUUCGCAAUCCAUAGGGACAGGAAUGUAAAGAGCAUUAGAGCUACCUUCAAAAAUAAGCCAGGAAAAACUGAGUUCUACGGAUCUGUUGCAGACGCUGAUUGCAAAACUUAUAUUGCUAGCAAUGAUGUUGAAAAUAGUUAUGAUAUGAUGCAGGAAGAAGGAAAAUAUAGUAACGGUAAGGAAAGAAAACAGGAGAAAGCUUUGAGCGAAAAGGAAAAUGAAAGUGGAAAAGAAAAUAUCAGUGCGAAGUUAGCCAUCUAAAAGUCUCAAAGAGUGACGCAAGUAAAUAUGCAUAGACGCGGUGAUAUGUGGAGAAGAAGUAUUAUUUAAAAAAGGAAAUAUUUAACGUUAAUGAACUUAAUUAGAGAAAGAAAUGUUAGACUGCAGAAUAUAGGUUACACGAAAGUUUUUCUUCAUUUUAGUGUUUCUAAUUUUCUUAUAAAAAAGGUAUAGUAAAAAAGGAAACGUUUAAAAAAAAUCUCUUAUCUGUUAAUGUAGAUUGCUUCUUUUAUAAAUGUAAUAUGUAAUGCAAUUUUGUGCAGUAACCUUUAACUAUUUAAUUUGUAAUACGAUAAAAUGUUAGAAAGGUUUAAAAAUGUAUUAAAUUGAAAAUAUGUUUUAAAAUGUCGUUUCGUGGUAAGAAUUUCGAAAGAAAUUUUAAGAUGUAAAUCUUCGAUACUGUGACAUAUGUAUUUCGUUCAAGUGUGUAACUUAAUAUGCCGUCCUUCCUCUAAUUUUUGUUUGGUAGUAUUUAUUUCUUUUGGUAACAUUGUUUAAAAUGUAAGAGAUGUAUAUAAUGUAUCUCCAGUUUUAAAUGCAUAUUGCAUUUUUUUAUUAUAUGUGUUUUACCUUUUCUAUUCGAUAUAUGUAGGAUAAAUGCAGGAAACAAAGGGAAACGUUCUAAACCAAAAUUGAAUUAUGCAUUGUAAGCUGAAGUAAUCAGUGACACAAUUUAUAAAUUAUAGCGAAAAUUUAAAUGUAAACAUAUUCAAUUUCGAAUGCAGAGCUAAUAAUAGUUAAAGAAAAUAUUAUGCAAAAACAAGAGCUCAUUCUGAAAAUAAAAAAAAAAAAAAGUGUCCACGUUUGAAAUUCAAUAACAUAUGUAAAAAUUAAAAAUAGAAUACAAAGAGGAAUAUAUAUCUUCCAGUACAUCUACAGGAGUUGUAGAGAAAUAUAUGGAUCAGCCUGGUUCUGAACUGAUAAAAACACAGAUUUACAAAAUAAAAAAAUUUCAAUUAAAUUAAAAAUAAUCUGUGUCUUCAUAAAUCCAACCCCUGCAAGCUCUAAUGGGAAAGCCACCUUGCCCACGUUUUUACUAUUCAUAAUACUCGUACUUACAAAAACUUCAAAAUCAGUAAGAAUAACAUUUAUAUGAUUUAAAAAAUUUAAUAUAAAUGAAAUUAAGCAAAAUAAUUUAAUUAAUAAAAACACAAAAUAUAUUGUUGCGAGCAUACCCGCUCGUAAUAGACUGAAUGCACACAGG